AUGCUCUAUGGUGAUGUCAAGAGUCUCAUGACUGUGGACAUAAUGAGAGAUUACUUUCUAACCCUGGGGAAGGUGUGGAUUGUGGUAGCAAAGACAGAUAUUGUUGUGUAUGAGACGAACCACAUGCUGCACUCUUUCCAUGGAGACUUCUCAUUUUCACACCACAGAAGGGAAAUCCCUGUCCUCAAACACUUUCUCAAGACAGUGACCCCCUCCAGGUACCAAGAAGACUUUUACUUCAAUAAACUGUGGUUUCACAUUUUUGGCUGUUUACCUGUUGGGUCCUUUUGUGGAAAAAUUGGAGUCUGCCCUCUCAAUACUUUCUUAGAGUUUCUUCCAGGAAAUGUUGAUAUAAUGACCAUAUCUGACACCAGCUACCUCAUCUACAAUGCUGUGCAUUCAUUAGCACAUGCCCUCCAUGAAAUCCUUCUGGAGAAAACGGAAAAGACAUCUUUACAGGCUGCCAACCAGACCCUGCUCCUUCUUAGGCAGAUCACAUACGGUCCUUUUGAUCCCAUGCUAAGUGAGAGAGACAAGUUUCCAUCACUCUAUCAGAUGGCCACUAGUGACAGCUCUCUGGCCUAUGGAAUGCUCUCCUUGCUGCUACAUUUUGGCUGGAUUUGGGUGGCGAUCUUUGUAUCUAAUGACAUGAAAGGAGAGCAGUUCCUACAGGAUAUUGAAGCUGAGAUGGUAAAGAAAGGUGUCUGCUUGGCCUAUUCAGUAAAGCUCCCUGACACUAAGUCAAGGUAUGAAGAAACUGAAAUCUCUUUCCUAGAGGGGAUCCGAAUUUCAUCAGCAAAUGUGCAUAUUCUAUAUGGUGAUGUGAUGGGCCUCUAUACCAUGGAAUUUCUAAGCAAAUACUAUUUAACCCUGGGGAAGGUGUGGAUCAUGGCUACAAAGUGGGAGAUAGUUGUGAAGGAGACAGACCACAUGCUGCACUCUUUUCAUGGAGGCUUCUCAUUUUCACAACACAAGGAAGAAAUCCCUGGCCUCAACCAUUUUGUCAAGACAGUGGACCCUUCCCACUACCCAGAAGAUUUCUUCCUCAGUCAACUAUGGCUUCAUGCUUUUCACUGCACUCCUCAGUCUUUGUGUAGCCAAAGGUGUGGUCCAGGAUUCAGGAAAAUGCCACAGGAAGGAAAACAUGUCUGCUGCUAUACUUGUGUUGUUUGUCCAGAGAGAGACAUUUCCAAUCAUACAGCUGCAGUCCUCUGGGUCUUUGUGAAGCACCGAGACACUCCCAUCGUCAAGGCCAAUAACAGGACCCUCAGCUACAUCCUGCUCAUCGCCCUCCUCCUGUGCUUCCUCUGCUCCUUACUCUUCCUUGGCCGUCCCAACACAGCCACUUGCCUCCUCCAGCAAAUAGCAUUUGGCCUUGUGUUCACAAUAGCUGUUUCCUCUGUGCUGGCCAAGACCAUCACUGUGAUUCUGGCCUUCAAAGCUCUGAAACCUGGAAGAACGAUAAGGCGGUUAUUGGUAUCAGGCACUUCUAACUUCAUCAUUCCCAUCUGCUCCAUGAUCCAACUGGUUCUCUGUGGCAUCUGGUUGGGAACCUCUCCUCCCUUUAUUGAGGUAGAUAAACAUUCUGAGCAUGACUACAUCAUCCUGGUGUGCAACAAGGGCUCAGUCACUGCCUUCUACUGUGUCCUGGGCUACCUGGGUUCCUUGGCCCUGGCCAGCUUCAUUGUGGCUUUCCUAGCCAGGAACCUGCCUGACACGUUCAAUGAAGCCAAGUUCCUGACGUUCAGCAUGCUGGUGUUCUGCAGUGUCUGGGUGACCUUCCUGCCUGUCUACCACAGCACCAAGGGGAAGGUCAUGGUGGCCGUAGAAGUCUUCUCCAUCCUGGCCUCCAGUGCAGGGCUCCUGGGCUGCAUCUUUGCCCCCAAGUGCUACGUUAUUCUCAUAAAACCUGAUAAAAAUUCUUUGAAAGCUUUAAGGAAUCAAUGUAGUUGUAGGAGACCCUAA